AGGGGAAGGAGGAGGCGGAGGCGGGGGGAGCGGAGCGGCUGCCGCGCGCUGCCGCAUGUGCCUGGAGCGGCGCCGGAGCGGGCAGCGCGAGCCAUGGCGGAGCACGGCGGCCCCGGCAUCCCCAACGGCGAGUGCGCCGCCCGCCGCCCCGGCAACAGGGUCACCGUCGUGCUAGGCGCCCAGUGGGGCGACGAGGGUAAGGGCAAGGUGGUGGAUCUGCUGGCGCAGGACGCCGACAUCGUCUGCAGGUGCCAGGGAGGCAAUAAUGCAGGGCAUACAGUUGUUGUGGAUGCCGUGGAGUAUGACUUUCAUCUUCUGCCAAGUGGGAUCAUUAAUCCAAAAGUCACUGCAUUCAUUGGAAAUGGUGUUGUAAUUCAUUUGCCAGGACUCUUUGAAGAAGCUGAAAAAAACUUAAAGAAAGGAAAAGGACUGGAAGGCUGGGAAAAGAGACUAAUAAUUUCUGACAGGGCUCAUAUUGUGUUUGAUUUCCACCAAGCUGCUGAUGGCAUCCAAGAACAACAGAGGCAAGAACAAGCAGGAAAGAAUCUGGGAACUACCAAAAAAGGAAUUGGUCCAGUAUAUUCUUCAAAGGCAGCUCGAAGUGGACUCAGAAUGUGCGAUCUUGUUUCUGAUUUUGAUGACUUUUCUGAGAGGUUCAAAGUGUUAGCCAAUCAGUACAAAGCAAUAUAUCCUACCUUAAAAAUAGAUAUUGAAGGGGAAUUGGAAAAGCUGAAGGGCUACAUGGAAAAAGUAAAACCAAUGGUAAGGGAUGGUGUUUAUUUCAUGUAUGAGGCUUUACAUGGACCACCAAAGAAGAUCUUAGUUGAAGGUGCAAAUGCAGCACUGCUGGACAUAGAUUUUGGCACAUAUCCUUUUGUGACUUCAUCAAACUGCACAGUUGGAGGUGUGUGCACAGGUCUGGGCAUGCCACCGCAGAACGUCGGGGAAGUGUACGGGGUUGUGAAAGCCUACACAACCAGAGUUGGAAUUGGUGCCUUUCCUACAGAACAGGAUAACGAAAUUGGAGAAUUGCUGCAACAGAGAGGCAAAGAAUUUGGUGUUACCACUGGUAGGAAGAGAAGAUGUGGCUGGCUGGACCUUGUCUCACUCCGAUAUGUCUAUAUGAUUAAUGGAUUUACUGCAUUGGCACUUACCAAAUUGGAUAUCUUGGAUGUAUUUCCAGAAAUCAAAGUUGGUGUUGCAUACAAACUAGAUGGUGAAAUCAUACCUCAUUUUCCUGCCAACCACGAAGUCUUAAACAAAGUAGAGGUUCAGUAUGCGACACUCCCAGGGUGGGUUACGGACAUAUCAAAUGCCAGGACGUUUGAUGAGCUGCCUGUAAAUGCACAAAACUACGUUCGUUUUAUAGAAAUGGAGUUGGAUGUUCCUGUUAAAUGGAUUGGAGUAGGGAAAUCCAGGGAAUCAAUGAUCCAGCUGUUUUAAAGAUUUCAGAUGCAUGGAAGAAAGCACACUCCUCAAAAGACUGCUCAUUCUUUAAUGCAUUAGUAGCCCGCAAAGCAAAGAUGUUGGAAAGAUAGAUUUUUGCAUGGGAAGAAAUGCUAGAGUUGAUACCCCCAGAUCAAUUGCUACUCCUGAAAGAGACUCUUAACAUGAACCUGUAUCAAUUCCUGUUCAACUGCAAUUACCAGGACACUUGUCAUUGUUGUUCAAGGUGCCAUCAGAUUAUUUUUCUUUACCUAAUAUUUACUUCAUAAUGUAAUUCCUGUUUGAAAAUCUAAGGUAGCAUUGCUUUCAUGACUGUUCGUCUUUGUUGUCCUCUCUGCUUUUGGCGGUGUUACUUCCCUGAAAUUUUAGACAGUGAAAAUAAUGCAGUUUUGCACAAAUAGUUUUACAUCCUCAUUAUUUGUAUUCCUAAAGCUGUUGUAUUCUUAAUGACUGGUCUUGUGAGUGAUUAAAGAGGGGGAGUCUGAUUUUAUAAUGCUAUAAAUGCUGUCUAAAUUAUUGUGUGAUCUCUUUUUUAAAAGAAGAUGUGAUGCCAAGUUGUUACGAAUGUCCAGGUUUUUUUAGCUGUAUAACACAGGAAACUUACUCUUUGUAACUCACAGAGGAUACUCAAGUGUUUACCAGGAAGUGUGCUCAGAAAGUUAGAAAACUGAUAUUGUAAAAAGUUCAUUUGCAAUUAUUAAAGAACUGGUCUGAUUUUGAGUUAAA